GAGCCCCGGUUACCCGUUAGGUUCUCCGCGACCUCUGAUUAAUACUAUGAAGUGGGGGUAGAAUAAGAUGUCAUUAUAGUGUUGAAACAAAUGAGAAUUACUGUAGUAGGCACACACAGUGUCAACAGUUUUAUCGUACGUGGAAACAAAGACAUGUUUUUUUAGCUUUCCCUCUCAAUAAAGUAUACAACGAUGAUAAGGUGUGUAGACAGAUAGUGUUAGCUCUGCCGCGUUUAGAUACUGUGAAUUCAGUCGAUGUUGAACAGUAUUCCCGCCUACUCGCAUACUAAUGUCAUUUAUAUUGUACCUAUCGUACCGGCCGUCGGCGUCGGCGCAACCCUGACAGUUGAUUAUUGAGAUACGCGUCCGUUGUUGUUAGUGUUUAGUUGUUUCCACCGUUUUAAUUUAGAUAAGAAAUUGUUCUAUACGUUACAAAAUAGUAACAUAAUUAUUAUUGAGUGUUCUUGGUUUCAUAAGAAACAAAAUGUCGAAUAAAACGAAUAGAAAAGUGCAAUAUUUGGCGGGCGUGUGUGCGGCGUUCUCAUUUACAUUUACUGGAGCCACACUGGCGUGGUCGUCACCGGCGAUUCCAAAGUUCAAAAGUGGUGAAGCGAAUGUUGUUAUCACUGAUACGCAGACGUCAUGGGUGGUGUCCCUGCACUCCGCGGGAGCACUCCUCGGUUGCUACUUCGGGCAAGUGUUAAAUGAAAGGGCUGGACGUCGCCGUACAUUUCUGGGCUCAGCCGUGCCGGGCCUCUUAGGUGCGACUCUCUUACUGAACACGACAAUGCCUGAACUGAUGUAUGUGGCCAGGUUCAUGAUGGGACUCGCAACUGGUAUUAUAGCCGUGGUAACAAUGAUAUAUGUAACAGAAAUAUCGGACAAAGAGAUAAGAGGAGCUUUGGGUAUGACGGUGCAAGUGAUGAAUAACUUGGGAAGUCUUACAGUGUACAGCGUUGGACCAUUCGUUUCAUACAAAACCUUGAAUUGUAUCAUACUGAUAAUACCCGUCUGCUAUGUCCUGCUGUGUCUUUGGAUACCAGAGUCGCCUUACUACCAUCUCAAGGAUGGAAGAAUAGAAGCUGCCAAGAAAGAGUUUAUGAGACUUAAAGGAAAUCAGGAGGAAAGUUUGUUAGAAGAACAGAUGAAUGUAAUGCGGGCACACGUGAGAGAGAGCAUGGAAAAUAAGACCACGUUGAGAGAACUCCUCACCAACAUGCGGUAUAGGAAGGCUGUAUACAUUGUCACAGGGUUGAAACUAUUGCAGUACAUGACUGGUAUUCUGGUAAUACAGUCUUAUUUGGAGCCUAUAUUUAGACAAAGCAACUUCGUGUCGGGGCCCAUCGCUAGCAUCGUGUAUGGGUUCGUGCAGUUGGGAGCAGGGAUCGGUGCAACAUUCUUAUCAAGAUGGUUCGGGCGGCGGAUUCUUCUAUCCAUAUCAUGUCUCGGAGUGUCAAUCGCAAUGACAUUGGUUGGCCUGUACUUCUUCCUUCAGGACACGAUACAAGUCAGCGUAGAAACUUCACGGGCCAUCUCAUGGAUGCCACUCGUCGGUAUUCUAGGGUUCAAUGUACUCUACGCAGUCGGUGUUGGAAACCUACCUUAUGUUCUUCAAGCAGAAUUGUUCCCAGUCAACGUCAAAGGUGUCGCUUCAAGUACAGCCACAAUGUUAGCCUGUAUCCUAAGUUUCCUAGUCACAAAAUGUUACCAGCAAAUGAAAGAUGCUUGCGGCCAUUACAUGGUCUUCUGGUCUUUUGCUUUCAUAGGGUACGUCGGCGUACUCUUUAUAUACUUCUUUGUACCAGAGACGAAAGGUAAAACUUUAGAAGAGGUUACAACUAACAUACAAGACCAGCGACCCGAGGAACAAGCGCUGAAUACGGAGAAGAUUGAAAAGGCCUAAAGAGAAGAUUAUGCAUUCCAGUAUUUUAAACGUGAAUGAUAUAGUGGUUAUGUAAAUGAUUAAGUUUUCUGUUUUCCCGUGGCACUAUUUGUUCCCAUUUCAUUUACCUAUGAAGAUGUGAUAUAAAUAGUACAAAAAUGGUCGCGUUUUUUAUUAUUUAAUGAAAAAUAGAUGUCUCGGGAGAACAAGCUCAUAUUUAUUAGGAGGCUAAAGAAAUACACGUAUCUGUCAUUUCGUAAAAGAUUACACUCCAAACGGCAUUUUUGUUUUAGUAAAAUUUAUUGUUGAGAGUUUAUUUAAACAUACAUUUACAUGUGUAGUUGUGAAAAGUUGUUAUUGGUUGUUUGUAAGCGUUAAUAAAGAAGUUUAUCAGUUAUGAUCUAGAUUCUAGAAUAAGUAGUAAUAUGAAAAGACUGUCUGCAGAUCAAAAUAAAAACCAAAAUGUGACUAUAAAAUUGUAUUCGGCUGAAUAAAAAUAUGAAAUACAUACUGA